UUACGCACAGACGCGUACAAAUAAAAAAUAAAUAAAAAGCUCCCCAAAUUAAAAAGCGUGUGAGGAGGAAGCGUCGCGUUCACUCAACCCUCCGAUCACCUCGGGAUCUCUUUUUGAUUGGGAGACGGCGGUGAUCCGCGGACUGAUUCAGACGCUGCUCCAUCCAGUGAGGAGGAGGAGGAGGAGGAGGAGGCGGAGUGAUCACCCCCACCACCACCACCACCGUACACCGAGUGCGCUCUCGGACCCGCAGCCACACCGUCAGAGCGACGCCGGGGAUGAAGCAGCGCGGCUGGAUUCUUCUUCUCACACACUGCGCGUCUCUUUGAAGGAUUUAACGUUGUUUCUUUUCUUUUUUUUUUCUUUUGGCACCUCUGGCAACAACAACAACAAGAAAAAGGCUUUACCCGCGUGACGUUGGCUUGUCUGUUGUGGGGUUGUUGUUUUUUACCCUUCCACAUGUAUUUCUCAGCCAUUUCCAAGAGAAUUGGGUCAUGAGCACAUCGCCCACGGUCUCUGUCCUGAGAAAUAGCACGAAUCCAGCGUGGGAGAGCUGCUCCUCCGGGGAGAAGGGCGCAGCGAAGAUCAGCCAGCAGUCCGCGCACAACUCCGUCUCUCCGGCAGACCCUUCUCGCCAAGCCAGUCGUCUUCCCAUCAAGGUUUUGAAAAUGCUCACGGCACGGGCAGGACACCUUUUACACCCGGAGUAUCUCCAGCCUUUACCGUCCACCCCUAUCAGCCCCAUCGAGCUGGAUGCCAAGAAAAGUCCUCUGGCUCUCUUGGCCCAGACGUGCUCACAGAUCGGCAAACCGGACCCGCCGUCCUCCUCCAAACUGUCCUCCGUGACCUCGAACGGAUCUAGUGACAAGGAGGCCAAAUCCGGUCCGCUGAAAAUGAGCGACAUCGGAGCCGACGACAAAUCCAGCUUCAAGCCGUACUCCAAAUCGUCGGAGAAGAAGGACUCGGGCAGCAGCCUCAGUGGAGAUAAAAACAGUUUCCGAGUGCCUAGCGCCACCUGCCAGCCGUUCACCCCCAGGACAGGCAGCCCCAGCUCCUGCACCUCCGUCUCUCCACUGCCGGCUGACGGCAAAGGGGACAAGGAGGACAAGAAGGAGUCUGAGAGCAAUAAAAGCGGCACGGCGGAGGGUAACGGCAGCCAUAGGAUAAGUGGAAUUACCUCUGAUGGCAGCCAGGAGAACACAUCUGGAUCCAAGACGGUUACAUCCGACUCGCCAUCUGUGACCUCGUCGUCCUCCUCCGUCCUCGGCUCCGGACUGGUGGCCCCCGUUUCCCCCUACAAGCCCGGUCACACAGUUUUCCCCCUGCCACCUGCUGGCAUUUCCUACCCUGGGAGUUUAGCGGGCGCCUAUGCAGGUUACCCGCAGCCGUUCCUCCCUCACGGAAUGACCCUUGACCCCACCAAAUCCAGCAGCCAGCUCUUAAGCGCGCAGUUUGCCGCUGCCAGCUCACUGGGAUGCAGUAAAGCGGGAACGAGUCCGCUAGCUGGAGCGUCUCCUCCGUCUCUAAUGUCUGCUAGUCUGUGUCGGGACCCCUACUGCCUGAGCUACCACUGUUCCAGCCAUCUGUCCGGUGCGUCCAGCGCCAACUGCGCACAUGACUCUGCUGCUGCCGCGGCCGCCAACGCGCUCAAGUCUGGAUACCCGCUCAUGUACCCAACGCACGCGUUACACGGCGUGCACUCCUCCACCCCGACUUUCAGCGGACACCCCCUGUACCCGUACGGGUUUAUGCUGCCCAAUGACCCCCUGCCGCACGUGUGCAACUGGGUGUCUGCUAACGGACCUUGCGAUAAGCGCUUUUCCUCCUCAGAGGAGCUCCUCAGCCACUUGCGGACUCACACGGCCUUCGCCGGCACGGAGAAGUUGAUAUCUGGGUACCCGGGGUCAUCUUCUCUCGCCAACGCCGCAGCCGCCGCUGCCAUGGCUUGUCACAUGCACAUGCCUCAUAACGGCAGCCCGGGCAGCCCCGGCGCGCUGGCCCUCAGGGCCCCCCACCACCCUCUCGGACUGAGCAGCCGCUACCACCCCUAUUCAAAGAGCCCCCUGCCCACACCCGGGGCUCCGGUGCCGGUGCCCGCGGCCACAGGGGCGUACUACUCCCCGUACGCCUUGUAUGGACAAAGACUGACGACAGCCUCGGCCUUAGGAUACCAGUAGAGACAAAGAAUUAUGCAUUUAUAAAGGAGAUUUAGGCCCAAUGAGUUUUAUAUUGUACUUCAUGCAGGGACUGGAUCCAUGUGGGGAUCAGUGUAUUUAUUUGCGAUAGCUUCAAGCGUGACUAAAAAUAAAAAAUAAUAUAACUUUGAAAAAGGCUCAAUGUGCGUUAUUUUACACAGGAGAGAUUGUUGUGUUACCUGC